UUUACAGUAAAUUGUGAAUGGGUGGAAAUUACACCUAUUAAAAGUAAUAAACAUGUAUCAGGUAGUGAAAGUGUAAGUCUAAUUACGACUGAGAGCUAUGAAAACAUCAUGAGAAACCCAUUCAUAAAACCUGAGGUUAUUACAACAUCGUCAUAUUCUCCAAACGAAAGUGUUACCGAAUCUAUUGAAGAUGCUACUGAAGGAAAAACAGAAACGGACACUCCUAGCGUUACAAAUACAGAAUUUUUAGAUGUACUCGAUGACUACCCAGAGUAUGAGGAAAAAAGUUCUGCUGGUAUUGACGAAUUUAUUCCGUUCUUGAAAACGAUACAAAGAAAUUUACUAAAAUUGAAAAAAACUCAUAAGAGCAAAAUGUCUGUAUUAAAGAAUUUAAGAGAUCGCCUUUUAACUAACAUAAAAGGACUUAUUACACAUUUAUGGAAACCUAAAGUGUCGGCGGAAGCUAGAGGAUACAAUGAUGAUGACAGUCACAUGGAUUUUCCGUCCAAUGAAGGAGCUUUAAUGACAAUAGGAUUUUUAACUUUUGCCGUCUUUUUGAUAAAGUUGGUUAUCAAACUGAUCCACACUUUAAAAUAUAAGCAACAGGUUUAUGGGAUGACUACAACCACUACGGCAGCCAGCGUGGUUUUCGUUAAGAGAAGGAAAAGAGAUCAAGAACAAGAAGAAAUUAACAAAAUUUUGCAAUACAUCGAAGAGUUUUAAAAUCCCAUGAAGUUGUAUUUAGUUUU